UCCAGCGAAACUAAUACUUAUUAUAAUAUUACUUGUUCAUUUUGCUCCGAGUCAAAGAUCUCCUCCCCGGCCCCAUCCUUGCGCGUGAUUCGAGUGGAAGAAGUACUGCAAGUGCAACAGCUACUACAAUGUAGGUCGUCCAACUCUACAAACCUCACAGUUAGUCCAACCCGACGACUCACGGUGCAGCGUUUUGGUCACCAUCGGGUUAGUGAUUGCAAGACUGAGAGUGCUAGUAGCAAUCAUUAUCUAUUUCCAUCGCGAUGGACAGUUUUGCUAGCUCUAGUUUGUUUACUGAGUAAGCGCGGACAGUUUCCCCGUGCCUAUUCCAAACUAGACGGAAUGGCGACGAAGACUGAUUGUUUACCUUUAGUGUUGCCUGGCGCUGCCCAAACCAUUGACUCUGAACACAGCUGCUCCGCUCUUCACGUUGUUGCACCGUGCGUGACCAAGGCCGAGCAGAAACUAGCCAGCGUUGCUGCUCGUUUGAAGCAGUUGGAAAAUGACCGACGGUCGUCACCCGGUGCUGUAUCUGCAGCAGCAGCAGCAGCACCCGGUGAUUCAGGUAGUACCAAUGGUGGUGGUACCGGUAAUAUCGGGGCAGCCACUGCAAACACCGCUACCCGAAGAACUGAUCAUGGGAACGAGUCCGCGGACUCCGUGCAGCUGGAAGAUGUACUUCAAAUAUCAGGAUCGAUGAUACAAUCGAUGCCCUCGUCGUUGCCCAAUCCGAGCAAAACUGCUGCCUUCCAGUCGGAGGCUUCCGGUGUGUUUCGUGACGUCACGCGUCUCCUGAAAAAGCUAGACCACAUGCAGUCUGUGUUGACAAAAGCACUGGUGUCGGAGAAAGCGCAGGUACAGCAGUUGAAAUCGGAGCUGAGAAGCAUGGAGCGGCUCCGGUUGGAGAAGCUGCCCAUCAUAGUGCAGAAAGAACAUGACAAGUAUUUCGUCAAUCUCACCGAGCUGGAAUGGCAAGCAACUUACAGUGAACGCCAGGAGAUCAGACUGGAUCACAAACUCACUGCUGCACGGGGCCAGCUUGCACGCGUCACUGAUGAGUUCAAUUUCUUCAACGACUACAAGGCGGUGAUGGCACAGAAAACAGAGGAAGACACUGAGGCCAUUGCCGACUUGCAGAAAGAGGACAAAAGAAUAUCUGACCUAUUAGCACAACACAAGAUGGAGCUUGCAUCAUGCCAGAACAAGCUGACAAUUGAUUUGGAGACAGCCCAGAUAGAACGGCAAACCAUUUCCAUGAAGCUUGAGGCUGCACGGGACUCAUUACGCCAGAUCAAUGAGGAAGUAACGAGGAUAAAUCUCUCACACACGUCCAAUCUCCAUGCCAUUAUCAUGUGGCGGGAGACCCUGGAGUCAAACAGGAGCGAUGUGGAAACUCUGGGAACCCAAAUUGACGAGUAUAAACAGGAGCAAGAUGAACUAAACGAGAAGAUUGCUAGCCUGCUCGUGUCCAUCAGAGAUGCUCAUGAGGAGCAGGGAAUAGAGGAUCUUCGCAAUGCCAAAUUGGAGGAGGAACGCCUCAAAGUGAAAAGGCAGGAGAGAGAUGUAGAAGAAGUAAGAGGCAUCAUGCUCGAUGACAUCAUCCGCGAACAGCAUGCCACGACUACACGUCUAAAGAACAUGAAAGAUGAAAUCAAGCGUAUGCAGGAAGAAGCUGCUAAAGCAGAUAAGAACGUGGAAGCAGCUCUCAAAGGAGUGGAACGCCUAAAAGGCGAACUGACCCGUAUUCAGGAGCAGUUGGAGGUGGCAUCUGAGGAGUCUACCCGUCUUCGAGCUGAAAGGAAGAAACAAAGUGUUCGUGUUGAUGCUUUGCAGUCAACCCUCAGAGAUUCAGAGCACAGACUGAAGAUGGAUUUAGCUCAGGCAAAGCAAGCGGAACAGGAUGAAGAAAAACAGCAGGUUACUAUUCAGUCGCGUAUUUUAGCUGAUCAACAUGUCUUAGAGAAAAUGCAGGAGGUAGCUGUGAAGAAGGAAUCCAAGGAAAGUGAGUUUCUUGAAGGCAUGGAGGUUAAGGAAAAGCGUCUGGAAGGCAAGGUUGAGAAGCUGAACGAAGAGUGGGCACACUGUGAAGAGACUCGUGACCAUCUUCGCACAGAGGUAGAGAAGAUCGACACAGAGUUACACCAAACCCAAACUGACCUGGAAGAGCAGAUUGCCCCGUUGGAGCCAGCCAAGGAAAAGUUGCAGGUUCAAGUUGAGAGCACGGAUGCAACCAUCCAAGAGCUCAAGUGGGAGAAAGACAUGCUGGAAAAGAAGAUCAAGGAAUUUCAGGAAUCCGACACUGGAAUUGUGAGGCUGAUUGCCAAAACUGAAGAUGAUAUUGAACAGAAAGCUCAAGAACUUCUUGAAAAGCAGCAAACCAUCAAAGAAGAAAGAGAGCACGAGGAGAGGAUACGGCAAGAGCUGACACAGAUCAAAGAGUUUCGUCGACAGGCAGGUGACAAGCAUUCCAGCUACAUGAAACUACAGCAUGGCUACUUGGAAGGGUACAAGGAUGAGGUAGCAGAGGUAACGGAGAAGAACAAGUCUCUUUCUGAGCACUACCGAAAGAGCCAGGAGAACAGCAUGCGAGCCAAGGCAGAGCUUGCUGAACUGCUGGAGCAACGUAGCCAGCUUGAUGAGAGUAUACGGGACCACAAACAACUGACUGACUGGCAGCAGCGGAUGCACAGCUCUCUGGAGAGUACUUACAAACAAAGACAGUGGAACAGCCGACAGAAGCUGGUGCAGUUUGGCGAGAAGGCACAACAGAAUACAAAGUCAUUGCUACGAAUUGAAGAAGACUUAUCAACUGCUGCUAAAUCUGCGAGGACGUUUUUAGAUGAACACUCCGUGUGAUGCUCCGGAUUGCUUCCAAGUUAGCAAGAAUUAGACAUUUACAACUUUCAGGUCACAAAGGUCACUCCUAAAUCCUAGUCAUGUUGGUCCUGUUCAUAGCUUGUCAUGCAGUUUCCAAAUGCCGGGCACAGAAUGUGAUACUUCCGAUCUAUACUAGCAAUCGUCCAUUUAGCCUUUACCAUCGUGCUGUAGGGAAAUGAUUUACAUCCCAGAUUUACACCUCCACAUGCUCCUGCCAUGCGUCUUUUUGCAGGCACUUUCCCCUCUCAGUACACAAUACUGCUACCGGCCGCACUUGACUAUGUGCUAGGUGUAGUAUGGCACAGUACACUUGACCGCAUGCAUCAUUUGUAGGUGCAGAACAAGAUGCAAGCCAUUGAUUAGGCAACACAGUGUUGGUUGGCACUUGCUGUCUGGCAUUCGUCGAUGAUGUGCACAUUUGCACUUUCUAUUGUUCAGCACUAUCUUUGCCGGCAUACCGCAAACUUAUUUUAUUCUGUUGCCCGUCUUUGUCGCAGCUAAUGCCAGCUCCGGCCAGUUGAGAUGCCUUUAUUUAGUCUUCUCGUAAGUUCUACUCGACUACGGGUAUUCCUGAGAUGCUCAGUUCUCACCACGACGAUAGCUAUUCCUGGUCAUUAAUCAUCCUCUUUUGAAGUACCUGCAUUCGAAUUGAGCAAAAAUCUAGGAAAAAUCCUACAGUCCUA